CUCGCCACAGAUCGUCAAAUAAUUUGUGGGGCUGUCAUCUUGAGCAGCGAGAAGCGCUGCAGCCUGCGGACGCCGCCGGCGCGACAUCCAGCCUCACAGCAUCCUCAUCCAUCAGCUAGCGCCCGUGCAGAAGAAAUGAGUGCUGCCUUGACGGCAGCGUGCCUUCACAUGGCCCACGCCCUCGCGCUGGGCCUCAUGAUGAGCGUCGGCUAUCGCGUCAAGGUCCUGUGGCUGCCGCGUGACGACUUUAAGGCGCUCCUCGGCUCCAAAUCGUUCAAAGUCGCGAGCGCGGUGCAGCUGAACGUCAACGAGUGGAGCCCGUACUUCGUCGCAGGCCUACUGUACUUGCACACACGGGGCGCCGGGUCGAAUCUCGUGGCUUGGGGGUCUGUGUUUUCGUCUCUCGCAUUCAGCGCCUCCAAGCUCGUCGUGUUCCACGGCCAGCCGGCUCCCGUCGCGUCCACGACUCGCUAUCUCGCGCUCGCCGCGCUGAUCGUCGAGGUCUACGGGACGCGCUGA